AUGGCACCAACAGUGCUGGAACAGGAGAUUAUUCCUGUAAUGGCCGAUGUGGCGGAGGAUGCACGGGCACUGCACUUGGCAAUGCGUAUACCCAAGACUGCUUCUCCCAUGAUAUCUGCUCCUAUUUUAACAAUGCCAGCGGAGGGUCAAGUGAUCCGAACUGCGGAGCUGCUUAUGAUGCUGCAGUGGAUGAUUUUCUUCUUGGUGUUGCAGAUGGAUGCUCGCAGACAAAUCCAGCUUUGGCAGUCUCAAAACCAAGUUCGACUCCUGUCUGUACAUAGAGCUCACUUUUAG